AUGCUGUUUGUGGGCGACGCAGUCCUACAGGUCAAUGGCAUUAAUGUGGAGCACUGCACUCACGAAGAAGUGGUACAUCUCCUGCGUACGGCUGGAGACGAGGUCACCAUCACCGUGCGCUACCUUCGAGAAGUGCCAUCGUUCCUCAAACUGCCUCUAGGUUCUCCAGGGCCGUCCAGUGAUUAUAGCAGCCGGGUCUCGUCCCCGCUCUUCGAUAGUGGAGUGCAUCUGAAUGGAACGAUGGCAGCUCCCUCACCUCCGUCGCCCUCCGCUAAUGAGCCAAAGUACGAGAAGCGGUGGCUGGACGACGAGUGCCUGCCCCUGACCAUGGCCCGGGUCUCCAGAUACAAAACGGCUGCAGACAAAUUAAGUCCCAGGGAGGUGCACAGGGAGGUACACAGGGAGGUGAACAGGGAGGUGCACAGGGAGGUGCACAGGGAGGUGCUCAGGGAGGUGCACAGGGAGGUGCACAGGGAAGUGCACAGGGAGGUGCUCAGGGAGAUGCACAGGGAGGUGCUCAGGGAGAUGCACAGGGAGGUGCUCAGGGAGGUGCACAGGGAGGUGCACAGGGAAGUGCACAGGGAGGUGCUCAGGGAGAUGCACAGGGAGGUGCUCAGGGAGAUGCACAGGGAGGUGCACAGGGAGGUGCACAGGGAGGUGCACAGGGAGGUACACAGGGAGGUACACAGGGAGAUGCACAGCGAGGUGCACAGGGAGGUGCACAGGGAGGUGCACAGGGAGGUACACAGGGAGGUACACAGGGAGAUGCACAGCGAGGUGCACAGGGAGGUGCACAGGGAGGUGCACAGGGAGAUGCACAGGGAGGUGCACAGGGAGCCCAAACUGCUCCCAUCAGGCUUCACUGCCGCCACAAACACAGCGCAAGAGCAGCUCACUGGGGGGUCCAACUGUUUUGAAGUGUUCAUCUUGGAACGCGCCUGCACCUAUAUUCUGCAAUUUUGUACUGCUGCGGAGAGCACAGACUGGCUCCAAGCAAUAUCCACCAAUAUCAGUGAUCUAACACAGGAGAAUAUACAAAUCAUCAACAAGUUUUGCUCCUCCGAUGAUCAGGUGGUUCACAUGGGAUGGGCGUGUGAAAACCCAGAAGGCACCAGUAGUACUCACGCAGCAGCUUUCAAGUUCCUCGCACUCCGGGGGCCCUACUUUUCUGUAUUCAGAGAUCCACCGAUUAGUGCUGCUGAUUGGGGACAAGCUGAAACCACAUACAACCUCUAUGAGGUUCUCUUCAAGGUCCACAAGUUGUGGAUGACGGACGACUGCUGGCUGCAGGCGCGCCUCUACCUGGGCCUGGAGCACUCUCCGGAGCAGCACGAGGACUCGCUCUGCUUCAGUAUCCUGGUGGGACACAGCCAGAGCCGCAGCUUCAGGGUGGAGCUGGCCUCGGACCUGAACUGUUGGGAGAAGUCUUUCCAAAGAGCUGUUUUCAUGGAGGUACAGCGCAUACGACCAGGCGGAGAUAAGAAGUAA